CCGGCCGCUAAGCGCUUGGGGACGCACCUGUCGGCCCGGCCGCUUCCUGCCUCCUCCUGCCGCCGUUAGGAGCGGCACCCGGCCCCGCCGCCGCCAUGGCGGAGACCGAGGAGAGGAGCCUCGACGACUUCUUCGCCAAGCGGGACAAGAAGAAACGGAAGGAGAAGAGCGGCCGCGGCGCCGCCGCGGCUUCCACGGCCUCCAGCGCUUCCAGCGCCGCCUCCAACGCCGCCGGAGCGGCCGCUGCGGCCGGAGGAUCCCGCCCGACCGACGGCGGCGGCGGCUCGGGGGCGACCGCCUCGAGCGGCGGCUCCGCCAAAAGCAAGGAAGAGGAUGACUGGAAAGAGUUUGAACAAAAAGAAGAAAUUGAUUAUAGUGGUCUUAGAGUUCAGUCGAUGCAAAUAAGUGAAAAGGAAGAUGAUGAAAGUGAAAAAAGAGAAGAACCUAGUGACAACUGGGAGGAAACCAGUGGUGUUGUAGACAGAUCAUCUGGUCCUUGGAACAAGUCAGCUCCUGCACCAGCACCUGUUGUUGAAACAAUUGUUACAGAACCCCCAGAGCCAGUUCAGACUGGUGGUGUAUACAGGCCGCCCGGUGCCAGGGAGGGUGGCAGGCCUCGGAGGGCACAGCAAGGACCACCUGAAAUCUAUAGUGAUACACAGUUUCCAUCACUGCAGUCUACUGCCAAGCUUGUAGACAGUCGAAAGGAUAAAGAAAUGGAGAAGAGCUUUGAAGUAGUAAAACACAAAACUAGAGGUAGGGAUGAGGUCUCAAAAAACCAGGCACUUAAACUUCAGCUAGACAACCAGUAUGCUGUGCUUGGGGAUCAGUAGAGCUGCACACACAUUACAAUUAAGGAAUGCUUUUUUGGUAACCCUUCUACUAAGGUAACUAAACUACAGCUAACGGCUAUGAUGAACAUGCCACCUUAUUUCUGCUGGAUCUGCUGCAGCAAGUGCAGAAUACUUUGACAUAAGCGAUCGGUUCUCCUGCACUGUGGAAGCGUAUGUUACAACUUCUCCAUUGGAUAUGGGGCACAUUAAUGUAAAUGAUUGAACGAGAGUCAUCGGUGUUCUUUAAUUGCUCAGAAAGAUACCUACAGCCAGUGGUCAUUUCAAAAUCUUUUUAUGUUCAGAUACUGAGCCUUCGUAAAGGUUGACUACCUCAGACUUGCUGCACUCAUUGUGGACACCAUGUGGAUCACAACUUCUGGAAGAGAAGGUUACAGCUGUUUUAGUGGCCAUCUGAAACUUGAAACCAGCUCUACUGGAUUCCUGUCAGAAAUCCUGCAGAAGUCAGCCAUUUGGUUCCAAUUUGCUAUAACAAAGAUUUAAGUGACCUUAACGAAAAACCUAUCCUGUUCCCCUUGCGAGGAAUCCUGUCAUGUGUAGCCAUAGCCUACCAGGGACUUCUGGAGCAUACCAUACCACCCAUGCUACCCAAGUAUAACACAGAGCUGUAGUUUGUUUACCUUUUUAGAUAGCUGUACUGAAGCAACGGUGAAACAAAUUAAAACUCGUUCAGUAUCAGAUUGGAGGAUUGAUGGGUUUGAAUGGUCUGUUUGUAUUAGCCAUUUUCACAGUUGUCUAAGCAUUUUUUUUCUAUUUUCCACCAAAAAAAAAUGCCUUCCUUGUUUCUGAUAUCAAAUUACAGUGUAUUUAAAUGACAGUGAAAUAUUAUAGUGAAAUAGGGUUUAUUUUGUUUUGUUUUUUAUCAUGAAGUUUGUUUUUCUCACCCUAAGGCACUAAGGGUUUUGAUUUGACACAGAGGUAUCCAGACUCCAACUGCAGUCUUUCGAAUUUGUCAUCUUAAAGAAAAUGUGAGGUACAUGGCAAUAGUAAUACCAGAUUUGUUGAGAAUGGGUAUUUGUCUGUUAAAGGGCAGUGGUUACUUAAUAACCAAAUAACUUGUUGUACAGAGGGAUGACUUAUGCUUGAUAAGCCUUAUUUGCUUGACUAGUUUGGUGAAGCCUGCAGGCUUUUUGAGGCAGAAAUCCUCAAACUGAAACUCAUAAGUGGUAUUUAAUAAAGUCAGAAUGUUGGGUAAGAACAGAAGGCAGUGACUUCUUUAAGUCGUUGUCAUUUCUGAAUUAAUUUAGUGAAGGUAGGCAAAACGGCACUGAUACACUAAGAGUGCAGGACAUUGCCCAUAACUGGUUCAGUCAGCAAAACCUGACGUGUACCAAAAGUGUUCUGCUGUAACUUUUUCUCUUAUGCCAGAAGGAAAAUGAAGUACGGUAGUGGCAUGCUCCAGUGUUGAUGUUUCUCAGAGUAAAUGCCAAAAAAUAAUAAAAAAAAAAAGACCCAACAUCUCUAAGAGUUGCCAAUGGCAAGAGAAACAAGGGAACAAACCAAAACUUGCUUGCUUGCGUGGGAGUACUGUGCAUUUGCAGAGGAUGAUGAUAGCGUGGGAAUUAUGCGUAGUUGGGUUCCUUUUGUCUAACUGCUGACUUGCUUUAAAUUACUUCUCUGAGGCCAAUGGGAAUUUUGCUGUUGACUUUGUGGCAGGGUUUCACCUGGUUCUUCUGCGCACAGACUAAAACUGGCUUUGCUCUUGCAAAGUUAAGUCUUUAAAAUUUCUGCUAGAAGCUGCUAUUAAAGAGAGGGCUCAAGAGACUCUCUUCAGUCAGAGACCUGGGAAACCACCCGGCUGAAAGACUGAUACCAAUACCUUGAGCUCUUAGCCAUGUAUCUUCCUUGAAAAUACUUUGUUGCCAGCAAAACUGUUGAUGUGUCACUCGAGAUUUCUGUGGAAUUCAUGGUAAAUGGGCACGUCACUUGAUGUGGUAGAAAUGUGAAAUCUUAAAACAUUUUUCCUGAUUCUCUAAAGCGAUUGAAGUCGCCAAUGCACAUGAAUCAAGUUCUAAUCUACUGUACGAAGGGUAGAUGAGACUGUCCAUUGUACCAUCUUUGAGUUUUUGGGCAUGACCUCUGGCAGUUUAAGAAAACCCUGUAACAGCUUAAAAUGAAAUAAAAUGGAAAUAUACAUGGAUUCUGGAGUGUAAUGAAUCUUUACCUUCAGUUGUAGCUUACCCUAGCAUAACUCCUGCGAUAGCUGAGCAAGCAUGUUGCAUUUGGAUCUUAAAUCUUAAUGGUCAAACCAUGCAGUGGGUAGUCAGCGUUCUGCUCAGGUGGACCAUGUCCAGCAGCUUACAGCAGUGCACAUCAAGGUGAAUCCUAACACAGCAGCUUAGUUGGCCACCUGUCAGAGUGUCUUCUGAUUGCCACUGCAUAGUGCUGUUUUGAGACUGGAUUGAAUGUGAAUGAUGCUUUGUGAUUUUCACUUAAGCUGGCUUUGCUAAGCUAAGGAAUGAAAAGCCUCGUUUUUCUACUGUUUAGCAGCCUCACAGGAGUCCAUCUGCUACUGCGAACUAUUUCAGGGCUCUUUUCCUAAGCAUAUCGUUCCAGAUUCCCUCUGGAGGCAUAAAAAGGGAAGAAGGAAAAAAAAUCGCAGCAGACUUCUGCAGUACAGAAUGUUAGGCUCCUUUAGUGUUUCUUGUGUUAAAUACCAUUGCUAGCAACUAUCAAAAUACCAAUUGUCAGUAUCUUCCUUGUAACAGUUAGCUCUUCUGCAUUCCUAACGCUUUGAAAGUCAGUACUCUAGAAGCACAGUGUGCUUUUGAGACUGAGGAAACCCCACUUUCUGCUUUGUUGAUGCAUUCAUUGGAGGCAUGCAAAAAAUGCCAGCCUUCAUUCCUUCAGAGUGCUUCUGGAAGGCUUCUGCUCCAAAUGAAGGAUUGUCAGUUGUGAAUGUGAGCUGCUUAAUACCAGUUGGUAAAGUGUUGUGUAGUGCUACAGGAACUUCAUAACACGUAACAUGCUUUAGUUGUGGAUUAUUAAUGUCCAUUUUGAAUGUUUGAUGUUACUUUUUUUUGUUGUUAUUUUUUUCUUUAAACCACCUUUGUAACUUAUUAAGGCCAUAAAAUUCGUAGUUUGGUAGGAGAACAUGCAUAUGUGUGUUACUUAUUGGGAAAGGAGCAGUUCACAUCUGUGGUUCUUGGUGGUGCAGUGCUUAGAUUGCUUAGCUUUUGCUACUUAAAACAAAACAAAAAGUUGGAUUUCCCAAGUGCCUGUUGCAGGGGUCUGGCAUAUGUACGUGCUUGAGCUAAUGAGAAAUGGAGGAGAGGAUCAGUUUCGUUGUUGCCCCUGCUUUGCCCCUCACUGGUUCAGUUGUGCUUUAUCUUACCCACAGGUAAAGGGAACUGCUGAGAAGUGGCCCUCUCCUGCUGCCUCAGUUCUGUCUUUGCAGUUAGCUGUAGCAGUCACGUCCAAGGUUACUCUUAAGCUUAGGAAUAGCUGAAUUACUAAAAGCACAAACUGUGUUAGAAAUCUGAUGUUACAGGGGCUGAGGGUUUUUUUUUUUUUUUUAGUGUUUGAUUAUCUGUUGAUUUUCACCACAACAAGGCAAAGGUUUGUAUACAGUUUAGGUCAGGGAGAUGAUACAAAAUCGAUAGGACUUCACAUCAUGGAGUUUGCUUUUGCAAUAAAUAUAUUUAACUCUGCUCAAGCAGUGUUAGACUUGCAUGUGGUUUUUGGAUUCAGAAAGCAAGUGUGUAAAAGGGAGCAGAAAAUCGGACGUGUUUGCCAGUACAUUAUUCAGGAAAAACCAAAAAGUCAUUUUAGUCUGGCUAUAACAUAAGAAGCUGCAAGCUGUAGCAGAUGGGAAAAGACAGAAGACAACAGAACUGGUUUGGGUUAAGGUAAUUUUCAUGUAUUAUAGCUUGGCUUCUAAAGCACAGAUGUAGCUUCACCAUGUUCUGUGGGAAGCAGAAUAGAAAAUAAUCUUAUAAUAAGAAGAGAAGAUGGAAAUUAAGUAUAACACCAGGAGAGACAUGAGAAGGAAUAGGGAGGCUUUAUGCUACGUGGCAGUACUGAAUGCACAGCAGGAGGCAGGGAACGGAGCGUGAGCACUUGGGUAGGAAGGACAGUGCUGCAGAGAUCAGCACUGCUUUCAGAAGUGAUGAAUCCCUGUAACUCAGCAGAAGUAUUUCAAGUUCAAUAGUUCGAGAGAGCGUCCUGUUUCUUUCUGCCCAGAGAGAGGGUGGAGUUCAGCCUUGGUAUGAGGCUGUGUGUAAUCGCUUACCUAGAAAGGGAACCAGGAAAGGACAAAUUCCAAGAUAGUACAGUGGUCUUAUUAGGAAGCAAGCUUUCAUAUAAGUAUUAAAAAUGCACCACAGUAUUAAUAAAUCACCAGAAAAAGUGCAUCUCAAAAGCAGGAAUGGAAAUGUGUCAUCAUCAUCAUACAACCUUAUGCAGUGGAAAGAAGCAAAUGUUCUGAAGCCAGCGUGCAGGGCCAAGAGAGUGGGGUUUGGCCUUAGUUUCCCUCUGAGUUGCUGUGUUAACUUGGAGUAACUUGGUUUCACUUUGCCUCAGCUUCCCCAGCUGUGCAAAAAAUACCUCACAAGGGUGCUGUGAGGCCGGAGGUGUUCUUAGAGGAAGUUCUGGUGCUGCGGAAGGACAGAAAAUCGUUAUAAAACAUCCUUACGUUAGCUUUCAUGAUAGUAUUUCAUGCUACUCUGGAGAGAACUUAUUUUUACAGAACGUAACCCAUGCUCUAGUCAAGUAUUACAUAAUUAGAUGGUUAUUUUAAUAAGCAUGGUCAUAGUGCUCAGCCUGAACCUUGCCCUAACAGGCAUUUCCUCUCUGGUUAACUGUGAAACCCAAAUGGUGUCUUAAUAUAAGGCUUUCAGUUUUUACAUGGAAUACAUCAAAAUCAGUAUUGCUGUAUUUUGUAAACCCCGUGGCUGAAAUAAAGUUCUGCUCAGAGCCGUCUCUUGUCAUGUGGCUGUUCUAAGGCUUGCUCAAAUUGCUAGAAACUAGAGCUGUUCACUCAUGAAGGCACGUAGCUGUGUCAGGAUGCAGGGUGACAUGGUUCAGAACUGGGAGUAAGCAGAGGAAGAGCUAGGGAGAGGAAUACAGAUGCAGACGAGACGCUUGCUCUAUUUACUAUUUCUGCUGUUCUAGCAGUUAAGUGCAGUGGGAGGAGCAUGAAGAAAUAGUUGUUAUGAAUAUGCCUUUGCCUGCUGGUGAUUUCGAGGUUCAUUGCUCAGCUUUUACAGCAGGGCUCCAAAUAGCAGUAGAGAACACAAUGGUGGCAUGCGUGCUGACAAAUCAGACCUCUGGUGGGACUGGACAGAGAGAUGAGGCCUAGCAGCUAUUUCUCUUACUGAUGUUUUAUCGUUAUGGCAGCUCUAAGACAGUUGCUAAUGUGUAUCAGCAGUGAGGAUUCUGUGUCAGAAGUGAUUACUAUUAGAUUUCAACAGACUACUGCAUUUCCUUUGGGGGGAAUGUUCUACUAGGUGAAUGAUGAAUGUUAAAGCAAAACAUAGGAGGAUUUUUUUAUGUACUUAGGGUGAUGAGUGGCAUUUUUCAUGCAGCAGUGAGGUCAACAGACUGGUAACAGGCUUAAAGUGGCCUUGAGGAAUGUUCUGUUAUAUGGUAGGUAGGAGAAUUCUAAGACGUUCAUCAUCUAUUCUUUCCCUUUACAAAUAAGCUGCCUUGUUCUUACUGCCUCUCCCAGCUGAAAUUUACGCUGUAAUAUUUUUCCAUACUGUUCUGUUCGCUUUCUUGACUGCACAGUGAGUAGAUGUCUUCAUUGAGCUGCCAUGGUGAUGCCUAGAUCGUCCCCUUGAAAGAUCACAACUAAUUCAGAACCCACCAGAGCAUGUAUGAGUGGUUUAAAGCCUUUCCACUACUCACUGCCUUUUGUUUUUUCUGUUGACCUUUACUUUCUGCUCUUUGCCAGGUUUACAAGUUAGCUUAUCCUGGCAAUCACCACUUUCCCUAAUGCUGGCAAACCUGUUAAUUUUCUAUAGGCAUUGGAUUUCGCCAUCGUAUAUACAGAAGUCUUCGGUGUCAUGUAUGUAAUUCACUAUUCUUAUCAGUGACAAGCAUGACUUGCUCCUGUCUUUUACUCAAUUUGACCUUUUCUUGUCUACCUUCUAUAAAGACAUUUUCCUUCUAGCUCAGUUGUUACAGCACUGAAGUCAUCAAGCUGUAACUGUCUGCUUUCUUUCAAAUAUUGUGAUUGCAGAGGAGCAUUAGUUAAAAUGUUGCAUUUUCUUUUAAUUUAAACAAACCAUUUGUUCUGUAUCUUUCAGAAUAUGUACAAUAACAAAAUGAUUCGAACCAUAAAUACGGCUGAUAAAUGAGAGCAAAGACAUUGCUAAGCAGGUAAAAUGUAUGUUAAUCUGAUCUCCAGGAGCAUAAAUUUAUGGGUUUCAGUAGAGUUGCUCCAUAUUCCUGUCACUUGUGCUGUUUCAUUAAAACUUGAUUUGAGAUCUCCCAGCAGCCAGAACCCAGCACAAGAGAACAAAGCCCAUGGCAAACUUAAAUUUCUGUGUUACUCUUUCCUUUGUUCAUGGCAGAGAUGAAGCAAGCAUAUUCAUUCCUUGCUUUGACCAGCGAGUGCUCAGGCAUGCUUGCUGUAAUGCAACCAGUGCAGUACUUAACUGGACACUGAAAUUAGAUGUUUGACAUGAAGGUAGUGCAGCAACACAGGGGCAGGCUUAGUCGUUGUGGCUUGUUUCAUCUCUUUAUGUUCUCAUCUUGUAGGUUAAAGGUCAUACAACUAUAAGUAAUGCUCAGCCUUUAAGUACUAAUUGCAUUUACCAGGAAUGUGACAGUUAGUUAGGAAUAGAGUGGAGGUGGUAUGAUGGAAGAAGACUCAGACUGUUUGGAUGUAUGCUUGCCUCUUAGGAGCUGUACUCUCUCAGCAUUGGAAUAUUAUAUUAUAUAUUAUAUAAUUAUAUAUAUUAUAUUAUUUGUCAUACAAAACAGCUGCUUUCUGCUAUUAACAAUAAUCUGUGGUUGACAGGAUGAUACCUUAUUUAGGUGUUCUACCUAUAGUGCUUACAGUAGUGGCUGCUGGGGACUGUAUCAAGUCUGUAGGGUGGAGGUGAAGUUUUUCUCCCAUCCCAGUUUGAAAGCAGAGGUGGAGCAGCUAUGCUGCUGCCACUGUGUGGAUCCCCACGUUGGCCCUAUGCCUCUUGUGUUACUUAACCACUCUGUACCCCUCAGGGCUGAUGAGCUCUUGCUGGUUGCACUGCAUCUUUAGUCUGGGAAUUUAGGUAGAAGGCAAACUGGCUUUGUAAGUUGGCAUGGCUUUUUUUUAGAGAUUUGCUUUCCUGCAGCUCAAACCACAGCACCACUCUUUCCUCACUAUGAUAUCCCCUUCUUUUGUUGAGCUGUAUUAUUAUCCUACCAAGGACCUUGAGCCAGGUACCUCACUGAGCAUUUACUGAGAGAGCAGUUCCAUAAGCAAGAAUCCAUGAGUCAGGAUCAUGCUGUACAUCACCAGUCUAGGCUCUAGCACCACGUACACAGCUCAACUGCUGCUGCAAAAUGUUUAGUAAAUAAAUACAAUAUUCUUGAGUGCUGAAGAAUUGAUGUCUAGAUCCUCAAAGGCUCCAUGACAGCUCAUUCCAACAUAAUGCAGCAAAAUGAAAGGAGUAGCACUGGUUGCAGUAAAACAGAUGAGCUAUAAGAAGGAAUGAAGUUGUGUGACUGGUAACUUUUUAGUUCAAGCGUAACUGCCUCGCCUGGGCAGUAGGAGCAUGGUCCAGCCUACAGGGGGUGUUUGGUUUGGUUCAAUAACAAGACGACACAGCAAAGAACGGCAAAGAGGUCAUCUCUAUAAAUGAAAAUAUGAAACGGAAUUUACUUUCAGCAAUGUACAGGAAUGCCUCAGCACUAGAGCCAACCUGAAGUAACAAAGAUAAAGCCCUUUGAGUUCUUACAGCAGUACAAAAGAAAGGAGGAUACCGUCUGGCUGGAAAAAGGGAUGGCCAGGAGCCCAUCCAGCACAGCGAACAGAAGGUGAUCACUAUGCGGCCCUUCACAGUUAACACAGGAACCUACUGGUGCCUGUAUAUUUAUAUGUCCUUAUAGUAAUAAUUUAAGUUCAAAACCUAAGCUAUGUAUAUAUAUAUUUUUGGCAGUAGUUUUUUUUACCUUGGUUUCCCUCUCAUGGUUUCUGCAUAUGCCAACUUCUGACUGUGCAGUUCACACCUCUGUUCUACUUUUGUCCCAUGUUAGAGUAAUGGUAUCAAACUCUGUAAAGCACUUUUGUGAUGUUUCCUGUAAAGAAAGCUGAAGAAAAUAAAUUUAUCUUAACAGCAGCAACUGAA